ACCCUUUAAAGAUGAGCCAUUUUUGUUAAUUACCUGCGUAUUGUGCUUUUCUUACCAGCAAAAGCGGUGUUGGUCUGCCAACGUGCUUGAUUGGAUUUGUAUGUUAUUGUGUACACCAGUAUACCCCUGGAGUGGGACCGAUAUAACUGUGGUUAAGACUGGGUUAAUUGUACUAAUUAGAUGCUGCACUGUUUGCUACUAUUAGGGGACACGAUGUAUUGCCGUUACCAUGUCAAUUUCUUUGUGAAAUCGAUACAUUUUGUGUGUAACAAACAUAAACCACGUGGUCUGAUCCUACACCACGCUGUUGCCCCGUCGCAAGGCUCCAGGGGGAAGCUGUUUGAUCAUAUCUUUUUCCAAAAAUACAAUCUUGUACCUCGCAGGUUUUUCUUCAUUUUUGAAUUAAUUACAAAAACCAAUAGGGGCUUAGACGAGCCUCUUCCACGUGCUGCGUGGUAAUGUUGCAACUGCUAUUAGUCCGAGCAUUGUGGCUUCGGGAUUACUGUUUCGCUAAACGGGGUUGAACGGGCUGAAGUUCUUGUGGGCAAAUGCGGCCAUGCUUGUGGCGUUUGCAGAGUGGUGUGGGCUCGUGCGUCGUCUCGCUUUUCACAUCCUGUUUAUUUCCACCUAGAAUUUGAUUUCGCGGUGGGGGAAAAUCACAUAAACGCUGUGCGUACGAUUAGGAAAUUCCGCAAAUGUGGGUUUUCCUUGGUUUUUAUUUCGGCGUGCGCGCCGUGUUGCACUGCGUCCAUUAUCCCCGCAGCUCUGCCAUGCUGCCGCAUGGACAGGCGUAGAGGAAGCCGAGUCGCAUUGUUCUAAUGGCGGAGAGCUCGACUGUGAUAUUUUUUUUUUUUUUUUUAAGCGCAAAUGCAGAAUUGUCUAACUGAUCUUAAGCUACGGACACUUGUUUUUUCCCCAAUCGAUUCCGUGCGAGGUUAUGGUAUUUGGCAACCGAGAGUCUGGCUAACAUCCCGCUGACCCCGGAGACCGCGCGCGACCAGGAGCGGCGUAUCCGCCGCGAGAUCGCCAACAGCAACGAGCGGCGGCGCAUGCAGAGCAUCAACGCCGGCUUCCAGUCCCUCAAGACCCUCAUCCCGCACAGCGACGGGGAGAAGCUCAGCAAGGCGGCCAUUUUGCAGCAGACGGCAGAGUACAUCUUCUCCCUGGAGCAGGAGAAGACCCGGCUACUGCAGCAGAACACACAACUCAAGCGCUUCAUCCAGGAGUUCAGCGGCUCCUCGCCGAAGAGGAGGCGCACGGAGGAGAAGGACGAGGGGAUCGGGUCCCCGGACAUCCUGGAGGAGGAGAAGGUGGAGGACAUUCGUCGAGAGAUGAUCGAGCUCCGGCAGCAGCUGGAUAAGGAGCGCUCGGUCCGCAUGCUGCUGGAGGACCAGAUCCGGUCUCUGGACGCUCACCUGUACCCUGAGAAGCUGAAGGUGAUUGCGCAGCAGGUGCAGGAGCAGCAUGCGCAGACGCAGUCUCUGCUCCGACUGCAGCAGCAGCACGAACAGCUGGAGAGGGAGUCCUCCCGCAGCCCAAAGGUGCUAGCCCCUGCCACUCCCCCAGCCCCCACCCACCACGCUACGGUCAUCGUUCCCGCACCAGCCUUGCCGCCGCAGCCCCAUCACGUCACCGUGGUAACCAUGGGCCCGACCUCCGUCAUCAACACAGUGUCCACGUCACGCCAGAACCUGGACACCAUUGUGCAGGCCAUCCAGCACAUCGAGGGCACGCAGGAGAAAGUGGGCGGGGCCGAGGACGAGCAGCGGCGGGCGGUGAUCGUCACGCCGAGCCGGCUGCCGCAGGAGUCCGCCGACUCGGACACCGGCUCUGAGGACCCAGAGGACUGUACACUGCCCUGAUCCCCGCCCGCCAGGGAGCGGGAGGGAGGGAGGGAGGG